CACAUUCCUGAACUGACUGAGUAUAGUGUGAUCCAAGCGUGCUGCAGGUCGAGGCAGAAGACGUUUUCCAAAACUUUUCAUCAAUUGACUGAGGCAGUGUUGAAGAGGAGGACAAUUUCAUCCCUGAUCUGAAGAAUUCAACCAGAGAAAGAUGCCUGGUGAACGGCUGACACUACGAAGCACGUCGGAAAUAGGGCGUUUCCCCGGGGCAGCCCCACCCACCAGGGUGGAGCUCACCAUUCAGAAGGUGGAGGAGAGGAAGCAGGAGGAGGGAGGCUGUCGUCGCUGGUUCAGGAAGAUCUGUCCAUGUUGCUGCAAACGCCAAACCAGCACAUCCUAUGAUGUUACAGAGAAGAUAGAAUACACCAAAGAGCCGACCCCCGAGCCCAUCAAACCAAAUCCUGAAAAUGGAGAAACAAAGGAAACAGAAGAAGUGACGUUGUCAGUGUGCUCGGUGGACCUGUGGAGCUCCAAGACGGGUCAGAAUAGAGUGGAGCAUCACACAGAUCUGUAUCAUGGAAAUGACCUGAUCAUCCGCAGAGGGCAGACCUUCCAGAUGGAGAUGGAGCUCAACCGGACUUUUAAUGCGGAUACUGAUAAGAUGCACUUAGAACUCAAAACAGGUCUCCUGCCCAAGGUGUCCAAAAUGACUCAUGUUAUUAUUCCGCUUGUGGAGCACCUGGAGGACGAACGCUGGGAGGCCAAGAUCACAGAGCAAAAGGGCAACAAGAUCAAGCUGUCCGUAAACUCUCCUGCCAAUGCUGUGAUCGGCCUGUAUGAGCUCACUGUGAUGACUCGGUCCCUGGACGAGGUGCCAACCGCUCACAACUCCAGCAAGAACGUCAUCAUCCUGUUCAAUCCUUGGUGUGAAGAGGAUGCUGUGUUCCUGGAUGACGAGGAGCAGCGGAAGGAGUAUGUGCUGAACGACACAGGAAGGAUUUAUUAUGGCACAGAGAAACAAAUCGGUUCUCGCACAUGGAACUUUGGGCAGUUUCACGAGGGAGUCCUGGAAGCCUGCCUGUUCAUCCUGGAAAAGAGCGACAUGCCCCCAUCUGGCCGAGGGGAUCCUGUCAAUGUGGUCAGAGUUUUAUCUGCCUUGAUAAAUGCUCAGGAUGACUAUGGCGUCCUGGUUGGGAACUGGUCAGGGGAUUACUCUGAGGGCGUCUCUCCUUCGGCGUGGAGCAGUAGUGUGGAGAUCUUGAGGAAAUACCACUCCACUAAUGGAAUCCCUGUGAAAUAUGGGCAGUGCUGGGUCUUCUCUGGAGUCACUACAACAAUGCUGCGCUGUCUUGGCAUACCUGUCCGCAGUGUGACCAACUUCCAGUCUGCACACGACACUGAUGUGUCCCUCACGACAGACGUCUAUUUUGAUGAAAAUUUGGAGCCAAUUGAUUACCUCAAUAGUGACUCUGUUUGGAACUUUCACGUGUGGAAUGACUGCUGGAUGACCAGACCAGACCUUCCUCCUGGCAACGGAGGCUGGCAGGCUGUUGACUCCACUCCCCAGGAGACCAGUCAAGGCAUCUUCUGUUGUGGCCCUGCCUCUAUCAGUGCCAUCCGCUCUGGUCACGUGUACCUCAAACACGAUACACCUUUCGUCUUUGCUGAGGUCAACAGUGAUAAAAUCUACUGGAAAAGGAAUCAAGAUGGUACAUUCAGCCAGAUCUUCAGCGAGAAGAAAGCUGUCGGCCACUGCAUCAGCACCAAAGCUGUGGGCUCUGAUGAACGAGAAGAUAUCACACUUCUGUACAAACAUCCAGAAGAUUCAGAGGAGGAACGCAUUUCUGUAGAAACAGCAAGUCGCUAUGGCAGCAAGCCAGACGUCUACUGUGCUCCUGCAGCAGAAGAUGUGCAUGUGGAAGUGAAGAUAGAUGGCGAGGGGCCCAAGAUGGGCUGUGAUGCCAAGUUGAGCAUUGUGGUAAAGAACCUGAGCUCAGAGCCCCGUCAGACCACUCUGCACAGCCAGGUAGCUGUCAUGCACUACACCGGUGUGCUGAAGAACGCCAUCAAGAAGGACCAAAUACCCAUAGAGCUUUUGCCCAAUGAAGAAAAAAACAUUGAAUGGAUCUUACCCUACCAGCAGUACAAGAACCAGUUGGUGGAUCAGGCAGCGCUGAUGCUAUCCCUCUGUGGAAGAGUCACUGAAACCAAGCAAGUGCUAGCCAACCAGACAAGCUUCAGACUCCGAACACCUGACCUCAAUAUCACGCCUCUGGGUGAUGCUGUGGUAGGGAAGGAAAUGUCAGCCAAGAUUAACUUCACCAACCCAUUACCAUGUACACUGAAGGACGUUGUGUUCAGAGUGGAGGGCCUGGGCCUUCAGAAGGGCCAUGAAGUGAUCGUAGGCGAUGUUGGCAGUCACGCCACAGUGACACUGACAGAACGCUUCAUCCCAUACCAACCCGGGCCCAGGAAGCUGGUCGCAUCUCUCGACUGUAAACAGCUCACUCAAGUGCACGGAGUGGCUGACAUUGUCGUUCUUGAACAGUGAGAGGAAAUCAGAAGGCACAGCUUCCCUCACAUCACUUUUUAUUUGAAGUUUUAGGCUGAGAGUUUCUAAACAUAUAGUGGGUU